GACGCGCAGUCCAACCAAGCAGCGGCGAGCUUCCACCACCGCGGUCGGCCGAAAGAACAGCACCGGGCAAGACAACUACAGCCUCCACAGGACACGGUCCCGGGACGAGUUAAAUCGCCCCCACACGGAGAGCAUCAUGGAGGAGGACGGGGCCCCCGCGGCAGUGGAGGUGGAGACCCCCUUCGCUUCAGAGGCGCAUGCCGCCGAGGCCAUGGCUGCAGACAUGGAGCGCUGGAUUGUGUUCGACUCGACAAAGACUCCCAGAUCCGAGUUUGACAGCUGGCUGGAGAGCAACGCGCCCUCGCAAGUGAACCGAUUUGGCGAUGAGGAAAGUGGCGUCAGUCCCGUGGGGUGGAUUGCUGUGCGGGGCCUGAACUACUGCCCCACCACUGGGGAUGAUCUGGAGGGUCUCCAGGAGAGCUGGGAGAAACUGUUGUCCAGCGGCCGGCCCGUCACCUUCCAGACCGUGAAGGAGCUGGCCCUGAACCACGGGGUGCUCACGGGCAAAUGGCUGAUGCACUUGGACUUUGGUUUCAAGGUGGACCACGCCUGGGAGUGCUUGGCCAGGGCAGCCCUGGAUGGCAAAAUCGACUCGGCUAAAGUCAGCCCCCAUGAUCCCAAGGGCGGCGGCGACGGCAAGCACGUGAUAUGCGUCUAUAACGAGAACUUCACUGACGAGCGCGAGGUCAUCCAACUGGACAACAUCAUCCGGGCCACCGGGGUCAAAUGCUCCCUCAGCUACAAGCCGGACGUGUACACGUACCUUGGGAUCUACAGAAACAACCGCUGGAAGCUGUGUCCGACCAUUUACGAGAGCAAGUUUGACCUUGAGCGCGUACCCCGGCGAUCGCACAUUGUCAACAAAGUCACCAACCUCGAAGUAACAUAAGAACCAGGUGGGUCUCGGAGAGGCUGGGUGUGCCGUACAUCUCACUGGCUGAAAAGGGUUUUGAAAGUCGACAGUUGAAUUUUGUUCUCAAGUUCUUCCUCUUUUGGUAAAAGUUCAUAAUUUCAGUUCGUUAUAUUUCCGAAGUGACCUGAACAAGUCAUUUUUUAUGUUGCACUUGUUCUGUUAACACUUACCUGAUGGCUGAAGAAACCCUUGAGGGGGGGAACUUUUUUAUUUUUACAAUUUACAUGUCAUUUUGGUUUGUAUGGUUUGUUAUCGCCAUAACAAGAGUUGCCGAAUAAAAUCCACUGUUGAAGCCGU